AUAAUAAACAAUAUUAAGAGAAAAAAAGAUAGUAGAAAAGAAAUUAAAUAGGGGAAAAAAAGACACUAGCAAUAAAGAAACAAGACUCUAGCUAGGUAGGAGUAGUUGCUGUAUUUUAUAGCCGGGACGCCACUCUACCUCUGCUGAGGCUCCUUAUCAUCUGUCUGAAACGCUUUCCCUCCUUCCUGCAGCAGCGCUUCAAUUCAUAUACAGGUUGAGGCCUCGCUUCACAAACAGCACCACAACCAUCACUCCUCUCGCAGCAAACGCGCAGCGCCGAUCGACGAUCGGAGCUGAUCAACCACCAUCUUCCGGCGCGCGGUAUGAUGUGGCCCGGGGACGGUCCUUGGCCGGCGUCCGCCGCCGGCCCCGUCACGGCGGCGGCGCUGCUCGCCGCCGCCGUCAUCAUCGUGCGGCUCUUCUUCGUCCCUCGCCUGCAGCCGUCGUCAGGGACCAAGCGACGGGGGCCGGAGAGCGGCGCGUCCGGAUCGGCGCGGCUCCCCGCGGGCUCGCUCGGGUGGCCGCUCCUCGGCGAGACGCCGGCGUUCAUCCUCGCGGCGUACUCCGCCCGCCCGGAGUCCUUCGUCGAGCGGCGGCGGCUCCUGUACGGGAAGGUGUUCGCGUCGCACCUGUGGGGCUCCCCGGCGGUGGUGAGCUCGGACCCGGAGGUGAGCCGCGCGGUGCUGCAGGCUGACGCGUCGGCGUUCGUGCCGUGGUACCCGCGCUCGCUCAUGGAGCUCAUGGGGCGGUCCUCCAUCCUGGUGCUCGGCGGCGGCCUCCAGCGCCGGGUGCACGGCCUCGCGGGCGCCUUCUUCAAGUCGCCGCACCUCAAGGCGCGGGUCACCGCCGACAUGCACCGCCGCGUCGCCCGCGCCAUGGCCGCGUGGCCCGGCGCCGCGCCCGUGGUGCGCGUCCAGGACGAGGCCAAGUCGAUUGUGUUUGAAAUCCUGGUGAGGGCACUGAUAGGGCUAGACGAAGGACACGAAAUGCAGUACCUCAGGCAACAAUUCAAAGAAUUCAUUGCCGGUCUGAUAUCACUUCCGGUUAAGCUUCCCGGGACUCAGCUCUACAGAUCCCUCAAGGCUAAGAAGAGAAUGACAAAGUUGAUCCAAAAGAUCAUCCAGGAGAAGAGGAAGAGAAGGAUCGCCGAGUGCGAGGAUCCGCAUGGGACUCAUCAACCUCCGCGUGACAUGAUCGACGUGCUGUUGGGCAAUGGCAGCGACGAGCUCACCGACGAGCUGAUAUCCGACAACAUGAUCGACUUCAUGAUCCCUGCGGAGGACUCGGUGCCCGUGCUCAUCACGCUGGCCGUCAAGUACCUCAGCGAGUGCCCACAGGCUCUACAGCAGCUGGAGGAGGAGAACAUGGAGCUGAAGAGGCGGAAAUCGGGGGUUGGAGAAACCCUAGAAUGGACAGACUACAUGUCGCUCACCUUCACACAGCACGUGAUCAUGGAGACGCUGCGGAUGGGCAACAUCAUCAACGGGAUCAUGCGGAAGGCGGUGCGGGACGUGGAGGUGAGGGGCCACCUCAUCCCCAAGGGCUGGCGCGUGCUCGUCUACUUCCGCGCCGUCCACCUCGACGCCGCCGUCCACGACGACCCGCACGCCUUCAACCCAUGGAGGUGGAAUAAGGAGAGGGCCGACGUGAUGACCGGCGGCGGCUUCACGCCCUUCGGCGGCGGGCAGAGGCUCUGCCCGGGGCUGGACCUGGCCAGGCUCGAGGCCUCCAUCUUCCUGCACCAUCUCGUCACCAACUUCAGGUGGGUGGCGGAGGAGGACGCCGUCGUCAACUUCCCCACGGUGCGGCUCAGGCGAGGGAUGCCAAUCGCAGUCACGCCCAGAACGUGAUGAACACAGGUUGCCCAGCAGGAACGCUCCGCUCGUCGCAGCCUCGUCUGUCCAAGUGUUUGACGAACUAGAAUAGUUUCCUUUUUCAAAGCAGAAAAGAAAAAUCAUACUGUAAUGAAAGAAACCAUUUGAGUACAAACUUGAGAUGCAUGCAUGGUUGCAGACCAGAGUUGUACUCGAAUCGUUGUACGGUACGCAACUGAAUUAAUAGGUGAGAAAUACAUGUGUAAAUGGAGGACAAAGUAGACCAAAGAGACCAGGAUGAUCUGGUGCCAAGUUCAGUCUGCAAAGUACAUGAUGAUUUUACUGAAA